GCUUCCAGGGUUUGUUCUUUUCUGCUUCCCCCUCCCUCUCUCUAUAUAUCUAACCAAACCCUCUAGUCAGUGCCACUCCUACCACCACUCUCUCUCUCUCUCUCUCUCUCUCUCUCUCUCUCUCUCUCUCUCUCUCCCUCCCUUCUUAUCCCUUUCUUUUUCUUUCACCACAGACUACUAUACUGCAAACCCUAAUUAAAAUGGAGCACCAGUGCUCCCCCAAGGCCUCGGCCCUUCUUCUCAUUUCCAUGCUUCUCAUUUCCUCACUCACCCCAAUUCUUGGCUGUGGCUCCUGCAAGCACAAAAACCCCAAAGGCAACUCACCCCCCAAGGGUGGCAGUCCCAUUACCCUCCCGCCGAUCGUCAAGCCCCCGAUCAACCUCCCGCCUGUGACGAUCCCUCCCGUGACGGUUCCUCCCAUUUUGAACCCCCCCGUGACGGUUCCCCCAAUUUUGAACCCUCCGGCCAAGACACCCAAAGGAAAGGCCUGCCCGCCGCCACCCGGGACUUGCCCGAUCGACACCCUAAAGCUUGGGGCUUGUGUGGACCUGCUUGGUGGGCUGGUGCACAUUGGCCUUGGGGACCCGGUGGUGAACCAGUGCUGCCCAGUGCUUAAAGGGCUGGUUGAGCUUGAAGCUGCAGUGUGCUUGUGCACAACCCUAAAGCUCAAGCUUCUCAACCUCAACAUCUAUGUCCCACUUGCCCUUCAACUCCUCAUCACUUGUGGGAAGACACCUCCUCCUGGAUACACAUGCAAUCUUUAGUUAAGAGUUUAGAAGUUAAACUGUGUUGCAAGAUUGAUGGAUGCAUUGGAAGACAUCGACAUGAGAGGAUGUCCAUCGUCCUCUCUCUCUCUCUCCCCCUGGAUCUCUAUUUUUUUUCACUUGUAUUGAUUGCUGCAAACGUUUGGCUUUAUUGUACACCAUUUAAUUGUUUAAUGAAAUUAUUGCUUGUGUGUUU